UAGAUUUAAUGAAAAAUCCCCCAAACAAUGUUGGUUAUUCCAUCAAGACCCUUGAGCUUCAUUAGCUCCUUCAAUUUUCCCCUUCAACAAUUCUGCAGCAAAACCAUUAUUACUUGUAUGGACUCCUCAAUAACAAAUUCAGCUGCAAAUAAUUGUUCAAGAGAACCCAACAAAGUAGUAAGCAGUGGAGAAGUUGGAAUUAGUGUUGAAGAAUGGAGGGGUUGGGGGCCAACAUCAACUGUACCUUCAAUGGUUACUCAAGUAAUUGUGGAUUUGAAUCUUUUAGAAGAAAAUGUUGAUGCCCAUAUGGUCUUUCGUGGCAAUCAUGGAAAACUCUCGGGUGACUUCAAGGUGCAAGAGGAUAAAAAGCAUAGAGCAAAAUAUCAAUCUCUAAGUGAUUCUGAACAGAAACUCCAGUUCUUUUCCGCUCGUCAAAUUGCAUGCCGUGUACUUGGAAGUAGGGGUUACCUUUGUCAGAAGUGUUGGCUUGCCUCUGGCGAUUGUAUGUGCUCAAAACUUAUUACAUGUCCUCUUUGGAAUCGGGUACGGUUUUGGUUGUACAUGCAUCCAAAGGAUUUUUUGCGACAAAAUAACACAGGGAAGUUGUUGUGGCAAGUAUUUGGCGUCCAGGCUGCGACGUUGUGUCUUUAUGGAAUAGCUGAACAUGAGGAAAUGAUGUGGGAUGCACUCAAACUUGCAGGAAAAGACAAGGUUUGGUGUCUUUAUCCCAACAAGAAUGCACCAGCAAGUUCUGUCAAGGAUAGCAUGGCCGGGCUUUCUUUUGCACAUGUAGAAAACCAUCCUGAGGCAGAUGGAACUCAUUCCUUGAAUUUUGUUCUAAUUGAUGGGACGUGGAGCAAUUCGGGUGCAAUGUUCAGCCGUUUGAAGGAACGGUACAAGUUAAUGUGGGGUGAGGAGGAGAUUCCUUGCAUAACGCUGAACGCAGGAGCAUCCAUGAUGCAUAAACUCAGACCCCAACCAUCAUGGGAUCGUACAUGUACAGCAGCAGCAGCAAUAGGCCUCCUCGAUGAGCUGCAUGACCUUCCAAAUUUUGUUUCUUAUGGAUUGGAUAAACAGGCUAAAGCAAUUGAAGAUGCCGUGGAGGUCUUGUUAGAAGCACUUACAGCUCGACGGCUUCGCAUGGGUAGGUCUAUCACCCGUAAACAAAGACACAAUCAUGACAUUGUAUAACAAUGGCAGCAGUUUUUUCCACCUUAAAGGCAGAUUGACAUCGGAAAUUUAGAAGGUAAAAGACAAGUCUUUACUGACAUUUCACUGCUGACAAACGGUGAGGCCAAUGGCGAAGAUGCCAGGCCACAUAUAUACAAAAGAACGUCAAUAAGACUAACGUGUUCUCACAGAGAAGGAUUACGAGUUUGAGAGAGAUACAGGCCAUUUGGACAAUUUUGUUUUCCCCAGUUUCUACACAAUGUUUUGGCUUCUCUAUAGUUUUGGCUUUCCGCUAGUUGGACUGUUUGAGUUGGAAAGAAAAAAGUCACAGAACUGUUAAUUGCUUCUUGGAGUAAUGAACUUACUAGUAACGUA